GCGCUACGCAACAACCAUUACCACCAGCAGUUCAACAACUCGCACUUCCACCGGUCAACAUUCACGACGAACCAGAGUCAACACACGAACCAAGGGGGAGAAGAGGUAGACCUAGGAAUGUUCAAGAAGGUGGUGCUUCAUCAUCAUCAAGUGGCAACUUCAGAUUUCCAGCAGGUUCUGCAAGACAAGAAGAUACGCCAGAAGAAGAACGACCAAAUCAGCCCACCGAAAAACGAACAAGACUAA